AUGGCUCACUCACACAAUGCUCGGGCACAAACUGAUGAUUUGAUUCAGCAGAGCAUUCAGUUCCACGACCAGAGCUAUAGCGACCCUGACCUCUAUAGAUCCGCAGCACACUAUGCACACCUCGAGCGCGACCGACCCAGUACCCAGUCGGUCACGAGAAGCACGACGGCGAGCUUGAUUUCUUGCCGAAGAAGGUCGCGUACCAGGAGAGCCUCGAAGCUCGGGAUCGGGACGCAGUUCGACAAAAACCUCAUAGUUAAGGGCUGGAACGGCGCCGUCGACCAGCGAGGCGGGCUCGUGGCGGAUAACCAAGCCACGUCCCACCCGACCAAAUACCUAGCCGGGGUGCUGAACUGGCUCGAGAAACAACCCAACUUCCAGUGCUUCGCACGGACGCGGGUCAUGGCCGUCGAAGAGAAGGGCAUAGAGCUCCUGGGCAUGGGCCACAAUACAGUGCAGGGAUCAACCGAGAGCGGGCACAGGAUCCGGGCGGAGCAGGCGGUCGAGGCGACGUACGUGCCGCUACAGAAGCUGAGCGUCAUCACCGAGCUCGAGUUCUUCCGCUCCUCCUACGUCGCCAUGCGCGUACCGCGCGGUGGCGUCGAGGGUUGCCUGCUGUACGACAACGCCGACGUGUACAAGUACGUGCGGCUGACGGCAUGCGACGAGCGCGACGACUACCGCUGCAGCGGCCAAAUCUUUGAGCCCGUCGACUUUAUGGCUUGCAUCGGCAAGAACCAGGGCUGCGGCCGCAUCUACAUUAAGAGUUUCAACUGCCCCGUCCACGGCAGCCGCUUCUCCAAGGAGGGCGUGUGUGUCAUUGGGCCGGCCAAGACAAAUCUGGUGCCGCAGGACGGGGCUGGCAAAACCGAGCAGGAGGUUGCAUCUUGA